ACUUCUGUCAAAGUAAAUAUCGGUGUUUUUUCUCAAACGAAGUCCAUGCAUUUCGAGAUUUGAUUACUCGAACCCGUGUUUUUCUUAUAUCUAGAAUUAAGAGUGCGUUAUCAUUUGCGUAAUCAAUGCAACAAUAAUUUUUUUCGUCUGUUUCUCUCGAAGCAAACCACAUUAGAUUUAUAAAUUCCCGCAGUGACCUCGGUAUCAAUUGCAUCUACGAUCACCUAACCAACAUGGGAAAUGUGUUGGCUGCUUCGAAACCAAUCGCAGGCGGUAGUCUACCGCCUCCGUCACCAGCAGAAACAGUAAAAAUCAGUGCAGUAUCUGAUACAGAGAAACCUCUAGAGAAUCCUGGAACGCUGGAAGAAUUGCAUAAAAAGUGCAAAGAUGUGAUGCCCGCCAACUUUGAAGGAGCCAAACUGAUGAUCAACAAGGGUUUGAGUAAUCAUUUCCAGGUAUCGCACACGAUCAACCUGACCUCGACAAACACCAGUGGAUACCGUUUCGGGGCGACCUAUGUAGGUACCAAACAAACUUCUCCCACGGAAGCGUUUCCGGUAAUACUGGGCGACAUUGACCCUGCCGGGAAUUUGAACGCCAAUGUCAUACAUCAGCUGGCACCAAAUGUGCGCUGCAAGUUUGCAUCGCAAAUUCAGAAUAAUAAAGUCACUGCCGCUCAACUAACUACAGAUUACAAAGGGCAAGAUUUCACCGCAACGUUGACAGCGGGCAACCCGAAUAUAAUCAAUAAUUCCGGCGUGUUGGUGGCGCACUAUUUACAGUCGGUAACCAACCAGUUGUCACUCGGAGGAGAACUUGCCUACCAGUACGGUAUGGCCGUACCUGGGGGCCAAAUUGCAAUCGUAUCUGCUGCAGCCCGUUACUCAACCGAACUCUCAACAUGGUCCGGUACGAUCGGCCUUGCCGGAAUACAUCUAUGCUAUUACCAAAAAGCUAGUGAGCAACUACAAUUAGGUAUUGAAGUAGAGACCAAUUUUCGAAUGCAAGAAGCCGUAGCGACGAUCGGCUAUCAAAUCGAUCUACCAAAAUCUGAGCUUAUAUUCCGGGGAAUGGUAGAUAGCAAUUGGUCUGUGGCAGCUGUACUGGAAAAAAAACUACAACCACUGCCAUUCACAUUUGCAUUGAGUGGCAUUUUAAAUCAUACCAAGAAUCAGUUCCGGCUAGGAUGUGGUUUGAUAAUUGGCUAGAAAGCAUUUGUUCAGCUAUUCAAGCAGAGCAAGACGUUGGUGCAAAGAACAAGCAUUUUUAGGAGCCCGUGAAAAUUUCCUAUGUUCAAGGAAACAACAAGAAAUUAUUGGAAAAGAAUGUUAGUCUAUUAGCUUAUAAAAUUGAUCAUAUUAAAAUAUAAAACAAUAGCUGAAAGAAUAUGACAAAGACCUUUAAAAUGAAUAAAAAAGUUAUGCGCUUAAUCACACAAAGAUUUGAUUUGUUCAGACAUUUCUUUUUGAAGCUCGUGAUACUGAUAGCAACUAUUAUUUCUUGAACAAUUGUCGAUACGAACUAUAACUUGCCAUAGUAACUGUUCCUUCAAAUAAAAUACUUCAAGCAUG